AUGGCGCUGUUUUCAGCAGCAGCAAAAGGAGACUUCCUGAAGAUACAAUCAUUAAUCGACUCGGAGGACAAGUCAGAGGAUUCGGGAGGAGUUGAUGUAAACUGCUCGGAUGCGUCAGGCAAGACGGCCCUCCACAUUGCUUCGGAAAAUGGACAUUUGCAAACGGUUAAAUGCCUUAUCCAUCAUGGAGCAAAAGUGAAUGUGGUGGAUGCUAACCUACAGACAUCGGUUCACUUAUGCUCAAAGGAAGGCCAUCUUCAUGUGGUAGAGCUGUUAGUGAACGAAGGAGCAGAUAUUGAUUUUGGUGACAACAUCGGGGUAACAGCUCUUCACAUAGCAUCAUUCAAGGGCCAUCUUGAUAUUGUCAAAUACCUUGGUUAUCUUGAUAUUGUCAAAUACCUCGUUAGUAAAGGGGCAGACCUGUGGAGACUUGCUGAUGAUUACUGGACACCUUCAGGCCUUGCUCUUAAUGGUGGCCAUCUGGAUAUACAUGAAUUUCUUUUAAAUAGAGAAGCAAGAAAGAUCGUUAAGCCAUUCAUUGGGUUUGAAGAGGACCACUAUGACUACAUUCGCAGUACGUUUGGUAGUAAGGCUCUCCAUAGCUUAAUGCCCCGCCCAUACUCCCCAACAUACGAUCCAUAUCUUACCAGUAAACAAGACAGCUCUAGCUCCUCGAGGAAGAGUAUCACAGAAGAGACAAAGAUUAUAAGUCUGGACGAGUACAGCAUCAAGGUUCCAAUUUCACCAGACGAUGUGGACAGAGCCAAAUAUAUCACAGCAGAAGCAUUGACAACCAUUCCACCUGACUUAAAGCUGGACAAAGACGAAGUUAUCAUCUCAGUUGGGCUCAAGCUAUCCCCUCCUGGUCUUCAGUUUAAAACUCCGGUGGAAGUCACGGUCUCGCAUAGCGCUAUUUUCACCAACCCAGACAAGGCAGAAAUUGUGCUAUACACCCGAAGGACUGGUAAGAUCUCCCUAUUACCAUAG